CAGUAACGCGGGAGAAUGAGUGCAUUCGAUUUUCCUGGCCUCAUACUAUUAUGAUCGUUUGCACAGCAGACAGAAGCAAUCGUAUGAUAACAUAGAGAAGAAAGUAAUUUCCAUGCACGCGCAGAACGUUCAUCUAACCCAAACUCAGGAUAGUGGGUGUGUCAGACGUCACGCAUCGUCACAGAGUAAAAUACAGAGACCGUAAACAAAACAGGGGUCGUGGGUGUUGCGCACGUGCUUAGAGAUUUUUUAGUCCGGGGGGGGGUUUAAUGUUUUUUGCUUACUUGUUUAGUUAUUCAUUGUAAGGUAUACUAAUAAACAGAUUGGUAAUAUUUAACGUGUAACAGUAUUUCUGUUCAAGAAGUGUAAGUUUGCACAUAAGUUUGGGAGAAAUGACCCGUGAUUUCAAGCCUGGAGAUCUGAUUUUUGCAAAGAUGAAAGGUUAUCCACACUGGCCUGCCAGGGUUGAUGAAGUACCUGAUGGAGCAGUGAAACCCCCAACCACCAAACUGGCCAUAUUCUUUUUUGGAACUCAUGAAACAGCAUUUUUAGGACCACGAGAUAUUUUCCCUUACGCAGAAAAUAAAGAAAAAUAUGCCAAGCCCAACAAAAGAAAGGGGUUUAAUGAGGGUUUAUGGGAAAUAGAAAACAACCCGAAAGUGAAAUUUUCUGGACAGCAGCAAAUCCGUUUACCUCUAGACACUGAAAAUGAGAAGGCUGAUGAUCUGGAAGACACUCCGGACCCAAUGGAAGAGAACUCUGAUAAAGGAAUUAAAAGAAAGAAGUCUACUCUUGCAAAAACUCCUUCAAAACAGGCUCGUUUGAUGGAAAAUGAGGUACAGGAUGAAAUGUUAGACCAUAAAGGAGCAGAAGAAAAUCGGCCUGGUACUGAAAAAACUACUAAUGAGGAUGCAAGAGAGGCAAAAGACUUGAGCACAGGCCCUGUCCCAGGAAAGAAGGGAAAGAAAAAAAAGGUUGGCCAGGAGCCAGUUCAAAUGCCAGAAGCUGAACCUGAAGUGGAGAAUAAGAAGCCUAAUCCUAAGAGAGGGCGACCCCCAGCAUCAGCAGGAUCAGAUGUGAAGACUCCAAAACCGUUGGGAAGAAAACCUAAAGCAGAAAAGCCAUCUGCAACCCCAGAACCUGUUGUUGUAGAGGUGGAGAAAACAAAGAAAGCAUCUACAGAGGAAAAGCAGAAGCAGCAGAAAAGGGAAACAGGCAAACAGAAGGAAGAUGAACGGUCAAAGAAAGAGGCUGAAAAAGAGGGAAAGAGAGAACUGGAGCAGAAAACAAAAAGUAAAGUGGCAUUGCCUUCUGAUUCAGAGUCAAAAGAGGAAGAUGAUGACAAAAAAGUCAAAAAUGGCAAAUUCCAGAUGGCCCAGAAACGAAAUGUGCAGAAGCAGCAGGUUGAAAAAGAUCCAGGUGAACGAAAACGUAAACCUGAAGAGCACAGUAAAGUAGAAGGACAUGGAAAAGAUGAAGGAAAGAAAGGUGACUCAAAGAAGGCUGAGAAGAAACGAGAUAUGUCAACAGAAAUGCGGAUUCAGAAGCUUCACGGAGAAAUAAAGAUAUCCCUUAGAAUUGACAAACCGGAUGUAGACAAAUGUAUUGCUGCCUUGACUGAGCUGUCGACGCUGCAAGUCACAACACAGCACCUUCAGAAGCACAGUGACCUAGUUAUAACCUUGAAAAAGAUACGACGAUUUGCAGCCAGUCAGACCAUUAUGGAUAAAGCAACAAUGCUGUACAAUAAGUUUAAGAAUAUGUUUCUUGUUGGAGAGGGAGACUCUGUGAUAACACAGGUGCUGAACAAGUCCCUUGCCGAGCAGAGGCAGCAUGAAGAAGCCCAUAAAGCCAAAGAACAAGCAAAAAGGGGUGCCAAGAGACCAGAGACAGCCAAGGAUCAUAAUGCAGACACUGAGACUAUGAAUAAGGAAGAUGACAUUUCACACACCAGUGAGGAGAUUGCUGAUGAGUGUAUAAGCCAUGACAAGGGCAGCUCUACAACGAAAAACAGCACAGUUGAAGGAACAAAAACAUCAGAGUCUGGCUAACGUAAGAACUAAUGCUGGAAAUUGAACGUCUAUUCAGGCUGGAUAAGAUUAUAAUACAUUUUAAGUAUGUUGAGACUGUCCACAGCAGGAUUACUCUCUGAAAGAAUAAGGAGAAGUUUAAUUUUUUUCGUAAGAAUUUCAGAUAGAGUGUUGUUGUAGUGAUCCAAAACACCAGCCGUUUCAAGACUAAUAUCUUACUGAUAGAACCACAUCUCCUCUCUCAUCGGUAAUGAUACCUUUCAGCACUUCAUGCAAAAUUGCAGAAACACACAUGCACUCUAAAGCCUUAGGUGAUGUGUGGGCAUAGCACUUCCCCCAGGGGCUUCACCCCAGUACCCAUUUCUUAAAACCUCUGAGCAGGUUUGAGAUUUUUGCUAAAAUAGUUUCUUGUUUGGUUUUAAAUGCUGCUUGCUGAACCAGCAGGUAAUGGUUUCAUGUAACUGAAAAAUUUCCUGUUUGUAAAGACUUUUAAAAUGUACAAAAUCUUGUUAAAAUGUGAUUUUUUUUUUUUACUUUGUGGAUAAGAAUUUGUUAAAAAAAUGUUUUUAUCUUAAGGUGAUAGUUGCUGUAGUUUUUAUAAACAGUAAAGAGGUUUUGUAGUAGUAGUACACCAUGUUUUAUAAGUUGUUUUUUGUCUUCCACUGACUUGUUUGGAGAAUUUUAUGCUGCUACUGCAAUUUGUACAGUAAAGAAAGUGUGGCUGUUGAAAUCUAUGAAUAAAUGUUUUGAUACUA